AUGCACAGCAAACGGGAAAGAGUCAGCCUUCGGUGCACAUCCUCCCUCCUGCGGAACCCUCGGCUGAGGGCUCCCCGCAGGAGCCAGAGACACCCCCAAAAGGCAGCCACAGCCACUGAACGGCCCACAGACCCAACCAGACCCCAAGUCCGGGGCGGCAGACGCCGCUCGGCGCUGCUCCACCGGGGCCAAGGGGCGUGCUGCGGGGGCCACCGCGUCACUUCACGGUCGGUCCUCCUGGCCACCAGGACGGGGCCACCGCGGCGGGGCCACCAGGACGGGGCCACCGCGGCGGGGCCACCAGGACGGGGCCACCGCGGCGGGGCCACCAGGACGGGGCCACCGCGGCGGGGCCACCAGGACGGGGCCACCGCGGCGGGGCCACCAGGACGGGGCCACCGCGGCGGGGCCACCAGGACGGGGCCACCGCGGCGGGGCCACCGCGGUGAAGCCACAGGUCUGCAGGCACCGAGUGACACCGUGGAGAACGAGAAUCAAGACGGCAGGGGAAACCGAGUCACCAAGAGGGACUCGGCCGCCUCUGAGUCCACGAGGGAGGGACACGGGACACCCCGACUCCCUAGGGUGGUGGAGACAAGAGCCCCAGAGGCCCCGCGUCGGGUCCAGUGUGCGCGAGUCACAGCCACCCUGACGGCCAUCCCCGGGACGGACCACGCAGCCCUGCCCGGCCACGCCCGGCCGGCGUCGCUGUCCCCUUCGGGCGCCUCUGGACGGCACCCGCCACAGCCCCCUGCCCUGGGGACACCGAUGUCACCUCCCGGCGGGACGGCGGAUGCGGCGGCGCUCGCAGGCGGCCCGGGCUCCCGCCGCGGUUUGUCCGCCCUGAGCCCAAUUAGGAGGCGGCUCGGGGCGGUCUCGGCGGCGGUGGCUGCUCCCCCCGGGGGACUGGGGGUGGGGGAGCCGUCCCCAAGAAGAAAUGCAAUGUCAUGGCGAGGGUGUGUCCCCCUCAUCCGCCCUGGGGCCCCGGAGGGGACAGGACGGGACUUUGUGGGUCUCUGGAGGAGACGGCAGUGAUGGGCAGGGAGGCGGAGAGCCAGCCUGGCGCGGAUAUCGUCUGGGACCCGAGUGUCCCCCCACUGUCCCGAACUGGGGACUCUGCGGUUGGCCGGGCGCGAAGCCGCCCCCAGCCCCAGCUGCCCGCCUGCCACCGCCAAGAAAUCAGCUGGCAGAAGGCAGGAGCGGGGACAGAAGGCAGCUGGAGAUUGACAGGGGGAGGGACACAAAGAACGGAGAAAGGACGGGGCAGGGGGAGGGGAGCCUAUGCAAAUGGCAGCUCCGACUCCCGGCCUCUAAUGAGGAGCCCUAGGAGGAGGGUCCCAGGCUAGCCCAGACAAAGCCGACAGCGGGUUCUCCGCACCCGGAGGGAGACACAGAAGCCAGGGCCCGGGAUCCCGGUGCAGAAAGAUGGGCGCAGACGCCGUGUCCCCCAGUCUAACACCCUCGGGGUACCCCUCGCUCUGUAUCAGAGUCUUUGGGUCCUCAAGUGCCCGUCCUGGAUGGGGACACCUCAGAGGUCUCCCCCUGAGCAUCAAGGACGCUUUUGGAUGAGGGAGGACUCUCCUGGCUCGGGUUGGAGAGAUGAAGUGGGGGUGAGGGAAUCCCAGGCAGGCCAGGAGACACCCCGGGGAAGUGACCAUUAGGGGGUUCGACUGGAUGGAGGGAUAGGCGGGGGGUGACCCGGAAGACGGGCGCUCUUACACCUGCUGCAGGUUUUCGGGGGCACCUGGAGGCAGACCGAGAACAGGGAAAGGGGGUAAAGGGACAGGAUUUUGGGGGUGUGGCAAUCAAAAGGAUCCUAGUGUGUAGUGGUGCCCGGGUUUGGGGGCGAGGACGCUCCACAAAGACCGGGGAACUUGGCCCCGACGCAGCGCGCGCUGCAACCCGGGGUCCUCGUUCCAGGACCCCUUUCCACCUGCGCCCCAGGCCCCGCCCCCGGUGACGUCACCACCCUCAGACAGCCGGGGGGCUCCCGGGGUGUGUGUGGGGGGGCCUCAGGGCCGCAGGCUGGCUCUCCGGGGAUCCCCACGGGGCCCCACACCGCGAGGAUGGGAGGAUGCAGAGCCCCAAAACCGGGCCUGGGGGAGGUCGGGGCGGGUACCGGGGCCGCGGAAGGGUGGGGCUGAAGCCCCAGGUGUGCCGAGGUGCCCGGCCCCGUCCGCAGCUCCCGACGCCGACACCCCGCACCGCGUCCCCGCCCGGCUGGUGCAGUCGGCGACCCUGGGCACCCGCCAAGUCGCCCGCGCGUCCCCAUCCCUCCGGGUCCCCGUCCCUCCCGGCCUCCAUCCCUCCGGGUUCUCGUCCCUCCCGAUCACCAUCUCUCUCGGUCCCCAUCUCCUUCGGUCCCCGUCUCCCUCCAUCCCCAUCCUUCCCGGUCCCCCAAUCCCUCUCCCCUCUGCAGAAUCCGACGGGGCUGCAGCCCGGACCCCCUCGGAGCACAAAGGCCGAGAAGCCUGGGAGCACAAAGCCGGCGCCG